AAUUUAUGUUAGCUAGCUAACGUAACUUGUCUACCGUCAAUGGUCUGUCUUUCUACUUAGUUAAGUAGCUAGUAUUCUGCAGCAGCUAACGUUAGCUCUGGCUAUCUAACUAAGCAAAUAGAUAACGCCGAAUGAGCCUUGCAUCUUGCCAAUGCCCAUAGCAUUUCUUGACCACGAUAGACCUACUACCUAACAGGCUCAUAUUUGUGUUAGUUAGCUAGCUAUCUUGGUGGAAAUUGGUGAUACAAACGCAUAGCUAGCUAGCCUAACUGUUUGACAUUCAUGUAUUAGCAGUGUUGAUGGUGUAUAAUCUGUUAUCUAGUUGCUUUCCAGUAUCACCAGCACCAUGGAACCCACGGCCUCUGGAAUGUUCUGUAACAGAAUGCUCAGCAUGGUAAACUCUGAGGAUGUCAACGCCAUCAUCCAAGCCCAGAGGCACAUGCUGGACCGCUUUGAGAAGACCAAUGAGAUGCUAAUCAACUUCAACGGGCUGUCCAACGUGCGGCUGCAGCAGAUGAACGAACACUUCCUGCUUCACACGCGCACCCUGGUUGAGAUGAAGAAGGACCUGGACAGUAUCUUUAGGAGAAUCAGGACGUUAAAGGUCAAGAUUGCCAAGCAGUACCCAGAGGCCUUCAGCAACGUCCACGAGUCGCCUAUCCUGGAGGACGACGACAAUGAGUUUGAUCUCAUCCCGCCCAGCGUCGCGGCGACGAUCACCACCACCAUGUCGGAGCAGAGCACCGAGUCAUGUGACACGAGCCCCGACGUCAUUUCCCCAACCGUGAGCCGGUGUUCCGAAGACCUCUCCCAGGAGCAGGCAGAUACGCCUACCUCUGAUCCAGCCCUGCCUAGCCCUGAGAUGGGCGUGCUGAGGGAUGAGGGUCCGGACUCAGUGCCUGCAGAGUAGGGCCUUCAUAAUCCAGGCCUAGAGCUCUACUUAGUACCUGCAGAGUAGAGCCUCCGUAACCCAGGCCUAGAGCUCUAUUCAGUGCCUGCAGAGUAGGGCCUCCAUAACCCAGGCCCUGGCCUAGGGCUCUAUUCAGUACCUGUAACACAGGCCUAGGCAUUGGGCUCAGCUCAAUAGCUGUAGAUUAGAUACACUAUAUAUACAAAAGUAUGUGGACACCCCUUCAAAUUAGUGGAUUUGGCUAUUUCAGCCACACCCGU